UUGACCAUUGAAUCAUUUCGAUUCAAAAGUGUAAACAGCAGCAUACUAUACAUACUAUUUCUAUCGGGAAGGCGACCAUGUGGCUGUGAGAAGACAUUCGAGCCUGUCUGCGGUACUGACGGAGUUACUUACGAUAACCUUUGCGUUUUACGCUGUAAAUCAUCAAAUGACACCAAACUCGCCUAUAAGGGCCCGUGUUGUCCCAGAAAUCUGUGUCCCACACAUCGAAGCCCGAUAUGUGAUAACUACGGUAAGAUCGCACGAUGUUGCGAUGCACUGAAUUUUCUCACAAUCACAAACUUGGCCGACAGAUGGUCAACUUUUGUUUUUGUCCAGUUUCAGCCAUUCGACAUGACACAACCGUGUUCGGCCGCCGAUUGUGACAAGACGAAGAAUCCCGUCUGCGACUCUAAUAACCGGACACACAAAAACAUGUGUCUGUUCAAGUUUUUCGCAUGCAAGUUCAAUGUUCAGGUUGAAAUGAAUUGCCCUCCGUGCCCACUGUCACCAUCGGACGUCACCAUUUGUGACAAUCAGAAUAUGACGCACAGAUCACUGUGUGAAUUGGCCCGUUUCAACUGCCAACAGCGAAUGCGUUAUGAAAGCGAACGAGUAUUGGUUCAUAUCGGUCAAUGUCAUUCACGAAGUCUCACUUUUUCACUGAAAGAUGAGCAGUGCCCCAAAAAUUGUUCAGAAGAGAGGAAACCUGUCUGCGAUGCUCAAGGUAACACACACAAAAAUCUGUGCCACUUCCAACAAAGCAGCUGCCUCAUCAGAAAGGUUUUUUGUUCAGUGGAAACGACAUCAGCUACAACUUCUGCAUACGAAUGCCCUCCACCUGCUUGUACAUUGAAAGGGCAACCAGUCUGUGACACACAAGGAGUUCUACAUGAAAACAUCUGCCUAUUCGUUCAUGCGAGAUGUCUUGCUGCUCGAUCUGGUGUGACAUUGUCGGCUCAGAAUGAGGAAAACUGUCUCAGGACUAAGUGCCAAGAAGAGUGCUCAUCAAACGAGAAGCCGGUGUGCGGUAGCAAUUUCGUCACUUACAAAAAUCUUUGUUAUUUUAACAAAGAGCGAUGUAAGGAUGAAUCGCUUUCAGUGCUAUUUUACGGCAGAUGCGAGGAAUGUCUGGCAAAACCGUGCCCUCCAGUACCUCGGGAUGCUACAGAUGAUCAUUUUGUGUGUGAUGAAGAUGACUUUACUCGUACCGUGUGCGAAUUUCAAAUGCUCAGCUGCAUUUUAGAGAGAAGUAUCAGCGCGAACAUGAGCAUUCAACAUCUUGGCAAAUGUUGCGAACCGGAUCUAUCAUGCAAUGUUGGAAUAUGGCCCCCAGUUUGUGGGACUGAUGGUCGGACGUAUGCCAAUAAAUGUGCAUUGAGUGUGGAAGACUGCCGAAAUUCGAAAUUGCAGCUGCCUGCGAUAAAAGUUGCCCAUUUGGGAGCGUGUGAAGAAGCGGAAGCGGACGAUCGCUACAACAACUACAGGCAAAGUUACUUUGCAUUUCAAAAGCUUUCCUUUCUGAAUGUGCAUAUUGCAGGUGAAAAGUACUCCGAAGGUAUAGCUAACUGCCCCAACUCAUGCGAUAACAUCUACAAUCCUGUUUGCGGCUCCGACGACAUCACCUACACGAAUAUGUGUCAUCUGAAGUUGUGUAUUCUUAGGACAAUGAUAGGACUGGCAUACAGAGGAGAGUGCUGUUCGAUGGAUUGUCCUAACAAUUUCAGUCCAGUCUGCGACGAUCAGGGAGUAACUCAUCAGAAUUUGUGCUUCUUUGGCAGAGAGCGCUGCAUUGUCGAGAGGAUCACUGGGAAGAAUAUUACCAUUCAAAAGUUCGACGUAUGUGACGAUAAUGCAUGUGACAAAGAGUGUCCAGCAACAUACAAGCCUGUAUGUGCUUCUAACGGAGAGACUAUGGUCAACGAAUGCCAUCUAGAGAAACUGAAAUGUUUCAUGGCCAAAAAAUUCUCGUCUGGCCGCCUUGUAAAAAAACUUCACGAUGGGGAAUGCUGUCCAAACGAAAAUUGUGGCUAUGACUUCUCUCCAGUAUGCGACUCUCAAGGUCACACUCACGCUAAUCCCUGUGUAUUCCGACAAGCCGCAUGCUUACAACGUAAAACGAAUAAUGUUACAAUAACUAUUCAGUACAAUGGCCAGUGCUGUAACAGACAAUGUGAGGGCCAACAUGUACCGAUCUGCGCCGGUAAUCGAACUUAUCAUAAUCUUUGCGAGUUCAAGGUGGCCCAGUGUGAAGCGGAACGUCAUGGUCAAGUCUUUGCAAUAUCCUACCCCGGGGAAUGCUGCUUGAUGCCAAAAGGAAACUGUGAAGUAUCUGGUAAGUUCCUUCUUAUUGAAGCUGGAGCAUGCAAAUUUGGAAGAUAUGCAGGCAGCGAGAUGGGAGCACUAGUGGCAGGUGUAGACCCUGCCCACCGGGGGUGGGACGUGCGCGGAAGUUGUUACCGAGGAGCUAGAACGUUGAAAUGGGGAAGAUGUAUAGACGCCAAGAUGAGAACUCUAAUGGCAGUGGGCAGGAAUGGUUUCUGGGGAACGGGGAAACCUAAAUUGGCGUUCCUACCCAAAUGCCUCAGAGAUAUGCACCGACAAUUCGCAGCUUUGCUCCCUUCGAACAUGGAGUAUACGUGUGAUAAGGUUUCCCCUGAUGGGACAUUGGCCAAACGCAGAUUCGCUAUAUCGGUCUGUUGUGUAACUGACCACUCAGUCGUAGAUUUGUUCCCUUUAGUCGUACAGCGUUCCAUUUCCAAAAAAAGUUGA